AUGGACAGAAUGACGGAAGAUGCUCUACGCCUGAACCUCUUGAAACGGAGCUUGGACCAAGCAGACGAUCGGGAUGAUGUCCUGGCAAAGAGAUUGAAAAUGGAAGGACAUGAGGCCAUGGAGCGCCUGAAGAUGCUGGCACUGCUGAAGAGGAAAGACCUCUCGGGCAUCGAGGUGCCCCACGAGCUCGCGGUGAAACAGGAUGGUGUGAAAGUCUACGAAGAAAAGCUGAAUGGGAGCCUUAGGCCCCAUGGGGAUGGCAGGACUGCAGGGAGGCCGGGGAAGGAAAACAUUAACGAUGAGCCGGUGGAUAUGAGCGCGAGGAGAAGUGACCAGGACAGGGGACGAUUAACUCCUUCGCCAGAUAUAAUUGUCCUCUCUGAUAAUGAGGCAUCCAGUCCCCGUUCCAGCUCUCGUAUGGAGGAAAGACUUAAGGCAGCAAAUCUUGAAAUGUUUAAGGGUAAAAGCAUAGAGGAGCGACAGCAGCUGAUCAAGCAGCUUCGGGAUGAGCUACGGCUGGAGGAGGCCAGGCUUGUGUUGCUGAAGAAACUAAGGCAAAGUCAGCUGCAAAAGGAGAACGUAGUACAGAAGACUCCAGUUGUCCAGAAUGCGGCGUCUAUUGUCCAGCCAUCUCCUGCUCACGUGGGACAGCAGGGACUGUCCAAGCUUCCCUCCAGGCCUGGAGCUCAGGGGGUUGAGCCUCAGAACUUACGGACAUUACAGGGUCACAGUGUCAUUAGGUCUGCAACAAAUACGACUCUGCCCCAUAUGCUUAUGUCGCAGCGUGUGAUUGCUCCAAACCCUGCCCAGUUACAAGGGCAGCGGGUUCCUCCUAAACCUGGCCUCAUCCGCACUACAACUCCAAGCAUGAAUCCAGCCAUCAACUACCAACCGCAAUCAAGUUCUUCUGUUCCUUGCCAGCGUACGUCGUCUUCAGCCAUCUAUAUGAACCUUGCCUCUCACAUCCAGCCUGGCACUGUGAACAGGGUGUCGUCUCCGCUCCCCAGCCCCAAUCCCCCCACCCCCCGGCCACCUGCAAAGCCCCCCCUCCGCAAACAGCUGGAAAAAACACUGCUGGAGAUCCCACCCCCAAAGCCACCCGCUCCCCUGCUGCAUUUCUUGCCCAGCGCAGCCAACAGCGAGUUCAUCUACAUGGUGGGGCUGGAGGAGGUGGUGCAGAGCGUUAUCGACAGUCAAGGGAAAAGCUGUGUGUCCCUUCUGCGUGUGGAGCCCUUUGUCUGUGCCCAGUGCCGCACCGACUUCACUCCUCACUGGAAGCAGGAGAAAAACGGGAAGAUCCUGUGUGAGCAGUGCAUGACUUCCAAUCAGAAGAAGGCGCUGAAGGCAGAGCACACCAACCGACUGAAGAACGCCUUUGUCAAAGCUUUGCAACAGGAGCAGGAGAUUGAGCAGAGGCUACAGCAGCAGGCAGCCCUGUCCCCCACCACAGCUCCGGCCGUCUCCAGCGUCAGCAAACAGGAGAACAUCAUGCGGCACCACACGCUCCGGCAGGCUCCGCAGCCUCAGAGCACUUUGCAGCGUGGCAUCCCCACCUCUGCCCGCUCCAUGCUUUCCAACUUUGCGCAGGCACCCCAGCUGUCCGUGGCGGGCGGUCUCCUCGGCAUGCCAGGUGUUAACAUCGCUUACCUGAAUGCUGGAAUCGGAGGCCACAAAGCGUCAAGUUUGGCGGACCGGCAGCGGGAAUACCUUUUGGAUAUGAUCCCUCCCCGCUCUAUAUCGCAGUCCAUCAGCGGACAGAAAUAA